AUGGGGCCUGAAAAUGGCAGCUUGAUGAAAAGAAAAACAGAGGAAAGCGAAGACGAGAACGUCGCUUUAAUCUUUGGCGCCACAGGGCUCGUGGGUCGGGAGAUCGUGAAGAGGCUAUUGACGUCGAAAUCCAGUUGGAGAAUCUACGGCGUUGCGCGGAAUCCGGAGAUCAAUUCCAAGACGAAAAUGUACAGUUUCAUCUCCUGCGAUCUGCUUAACGCAUCAGAGACCAAAAAGAAAUUGUCUCCAUUACAAGACAUCGUGAGUCACGUGUUCUGGGUCACGUGGUCUGGCGAGUAUCCAUUGGACAGCGACGAGUGCUGUGUCCAGAACAGGACGAUGCUGAAAAACGCUUUGGACGCGAUUCUUCCAAACGCUAAGAGGUUAAAGCAUUUCUCGCUCCAAACGGGGAUGAAGCAUUACGUGUCUCUGGUCGGAGAGACUCUGUCUCGGGGAGAAGGUUCUAGUUUGUGUUAUUACAGCGAGGAGUGUCCGAGAAAGAGCACUGGGAGGAACUUCUACUACGUUUUGGAGGAUUUGCUGAAGGAGAAGAUCUCUGGUGAUUCCGUUGUUUGGUCGGCUCAACGACCCGGUUUGCUAAUGGGAAGCUCUACAAGAACUCUGUACAAUUUCAUGGGAAGUCUUUGUGUUUAUGGAGCGAUAUGCAAGUAUUUGAAUCUUCCUUUUGUGUUUGGAGGGACAAGAGAAUGCUGGGAAGAGAGUUAUAUUGAUGGGUCUGAUGCGAAUCUAGUCGCGGAACAGCAUAUUUUCGCGGCGACAAGUGGGAGAGUAAGUGAAAAAGGUGAGGCAUUUAACGCGAUUAACGGGGUAGGGUUUACUUGGAAGGAGAUUUGGGCUGAUAUUGGGAGGAAACUUGGUGUGCAAGUUAAUGAAACGACGAUGUUUGAUGAAGGUUUUUGGUAUGAAAGAGUGAUGGGUGACAGGAAACAUGUAUGGGAUGAGAUUGUGGUGAAGGAGAAGCUUGUUCGAACAGAGAUUGAGGAUUUGGCGAAUUGGGUUUUCUUGGAUGUUCUGUUUAGAUGUCCAGUUAAGCUUCUUGGAAGGAGAGAGAAAGUAGAUAGGUUUGGGUUUAAGAGGAAAUAUAGAACCCUAGAUUCGAUAUUGUAUUGGAUUGACGUAAUGAGAGAUGAAAAACUCAUUCCUCUGUAA